UUUCCAACAAAAAGCAUCAUUUCGACACAACUAGAUCUCAGUCUCUUGAUUUAUUAAUUCUCUGUAAUCAAUCAUGCCCUCUGCCGCCGUUAAAGCUCCGUCGAAGGCCAAAGCCAAUCCUUCAAAAUCGAAGAAACCUCCACCACCAGCAGCAUCUGCUGCUGGUGCCAAGAAGCCUAGAGCCUAUCCUACUUAUCACGAGAUGGUCAAGGAGGCACUUGUGGCUUUGAAGGAGAGAACUGGAUCGAGCCAGAUCGCGAUUGCUAAGUUCAUCGAGGAGAAGCAGAAGUCUAGCCUCCCGGCAAAUUUCAAGAAACUGCUGCUUGUUCAAUUGAAGAAACUUGUUGCUAAUGGCAAGCUUGUUAAGGUCAAGAACUCCUUCAAGCUCCCUCCUAAAUCUCCCGCUACUGGUGCAGCUGCUAUUAAGAAAGCGGCUCCUACCAAGCCCAAGCCCAAGGCUGAAUCUAAGCCGAAGAGUGCACCAGUGAAACGCAAGGUUGUGGCUAAGCCGAGCCCGAAGAAGGCGGCGAAGACCGAGGCUGUUAAGUCGCCAGCGAAGAAGGCUGUUGUUGCGGUUAAGAAGAAGACUCCGGUGAAGAAGGUUGUUAAGAAGCCAAAGAGUAUUAAGUCACCGGCGAAGAAGGCCGUUAAGAAAGCGGCGAAGUGAAAGUAGUUAGUUUGUUUGGAUGGAAUGGCAGGAUUGUAAAUUUAGGGUUUAGUAAGGGUCGCUUUGGGUAUAGAAUAGUCAGGUUUUCAGGAGAAACAAUUUCGGUGCAAUUCAAUUCCUGUUUGAAUGAAAUUUGCUUUAAUCUUCCAGUUGUUUUACGAAAUCAGUUGAUUAAUUAAAGGUAUCUCGGUUUGAAUGAAA